AUGUCAUUGUCCCUUUCGGCAACAUCCAACAGAAGGAAAAUCUUGAUUACCGGGUCGACAGAUGGAAUAGGCAAGCACACAGCAGAAAAGCUGGCCAAAGAUGGUCACGAUUUGCUGAUUCAUGGACGACAACCCAAGUUGGGAGCCAAAAUUGCAGAAGAAUUGAAGGCCAAAGGGGCCCAUUCGGUGCAGUAUUUCAAUGCCGAUUUGGGAGAUUUGACACAAGUGGAACAAUUGGCACGAGACGUACAAGAGGCACUACAGGAUGAUGAUGCACAUUUGGAUGUCUUGAUCAACAAUGCGGGCAUUUUCGAUCCUCCACGUCCGGCCAAAUCAGUACAGGGUUAUGACAUGACCUGGGCCGUCAAUGUCAUGGCACCGUAUGUACUGACACGACGACUCUUGCCACUCCUCGCCGCCAGUUCGGAUGCGUGUCCCCGCAUCAUUACCACUUCGUCCAUUAGUCAAUCCUACACCAUGCCACCGCUGGACCAAUUGUUUGCCAUCAACGAUACUCCCAAAGGAGGGCAUGCGGCCUACAGCGAUUCCAAAUUGGGAGAUUACAUGUUCACGGUGGAACUGGCACGGAUCUUGAAACAACAACAAAAGCAAGGCGGGUAUGGAAAAAUCAAAUGUCUCACUAUGGAUCCAGGGACCGUCAAUACCAAAAUGUUAUUGGCUGGUUGGGGAGCUUGUGGGAUAAACGUCAAAAGAGCCGACAACACGUACCAAUUGGCCACGGACUAUGGGGCCAGCCAAGAGUCUGGAACCUAUCACUUUGGUGGAGGAGGAUCCAGAGAUGCCAAGGAUCGGACCAAAACCAGGGCCCUGUUUGAACGACUGCAAGAAUGUACCGGAGUGACCUAUGAUGAUUUGUAG